ACCGAGACAACGUCAUGUUACGUAAUUAAUAUUCAUAAGACUAGGCGUCUGAUUGGUAGAUUCGUGGGACAGAGACUGACCGCAGGAAAAGAACCGAGGAUUAAGAUAUGUGAAAACAUCUGCGUGUUUGCUUCUCAGGUUUUUAAAAAUGGAGAACUCGUCUAAAGAAGAUUACAAGAUCCAGUCGUUUGAUUUGGAGACUCAGAAACUCCUCAAAACUGCUUUGAAAGACCCAGGUUCAGUUGACCUGGAGAAAGUGUCCAAUGUAAUAGUGGAUCAGUCUCUGAAGGACCAGGUCUUCAGCAGGGAGGCCGGACGCAUCUGUUAUACAAUUGUGCAAGCAGAAGUCAAACAGACCAACGGGAACGUGUUUCGGCGUAACCUGCUGAACCGCCUGCAGCAGGAGUUUAAAGCCAGAGAAGAGACGCGGAAGAGGUCCACUGAGGAGUGGGUUUGCCUCGUGUGCUUCAUCUGCAACAUCUUUGACUACCUCAAGGUGAACAACAUGCCCAUGAUGGCUCUGGUGCACCCCGUCUAUGACUGUUUGUUCAGACUGGCACAAUCUGAUGCCCUGAAGAAUGAAGAAGAGGUGGACUGUCUGGUGUUGCAAUUGCAUCGUAUUGGAGAUCAGCUGGAGAAGAUGAACAUGCAGCUGAUGGAUGAGCUGUUCAAUCUGCUGAGGGAUGGGUUUCUCCUGCAGGAGGACCUGAGCUCCAUGGGUCGCCUGCUCCUGCUGGAGAUCCUGGAGUUUCGUGCGGGAGGUUGGACUCUCAGCGACACGGCUCAGAAAUACUACUACAGCGAAGUGACGGACUGAAGCCUCCACCAAUCAGGAGAGAGAAACACAGGAGGAUUGCAUUUAUAUGGAACCAAAAGUGGAGGUUUUAUUUUUAUAAUUACCUUUAAUGAAGGCUGGGUGAUUUGCUAGGUUUGAGGAUUGACAUGAAGUAGAAGACUGGUCAAAGUUAAAUGUAGUUCUGGGUUUUGCUGUUUUCACUUGGUUAGGGGUGUUUGUGGUCAUCAAAACAUCAAAGUCAACAUGAAUUUAAAAUUCAUCUUAUUUACUUUUAUACUUUUGUUCUUCUUUGUGUUAAUUAUCCACAUUAUUUAAAAAAAGUCUUCAUAAUUUCUAUUGAACUUUUAUAUCUUUACUCACUUCUGAAAUGACUGUUACCAAGAACCUUUGUGGUUCAACUAAUGGCAGUUUCCCCAAUUACAAAAUCAUGCCUUUUUUAUGCACCAAACACUUUCUGAUGUGUUUUUUUUUUUCCUGGUUGAAUACCUUUUUUUUCUUAAUGUCAAAUUACAGAAAUAAGAUGUGAUUUUUGUUUCAUGUUGACUUUCAUGUUGACGUUCGUGUUGAUCCUGAUGUGAGGGAGCCAGACAACACGACCUGUCUGCAAAUUGUAGUCCAUGUUGUAAUUUUACAGAGAUAUGUUAAUGUCCCUGCAUUCCCUUGGGCAAACUAUUGAUAUGUGCAAUAAUGCAGUGCAUUCAUGGUUAAACAACACUCCUACUUCAAACCCAGCUUCUGGAAAAAAUUUGUUGUAGCCAAAAGUGAUUUUUAUUUAUUUAUUUUUUUCUUGCUACAAAUAUGGUACCUUAAGUUAUCAUUGGUCACCAAUCUUCCAACAUUAGUUUGGUUACAGAGUUUAAAAGUGAAUGGAGUUUAAGUACAUCUCUAUUUAAUCAUUGACCUAUUACAAUUUCAGCAUAACAUGAUUGAUUUACUUUUCAUUUUUGAGUCAAAGAUAAACACUAAGGGCUAUGAUUGUAACAUUUUCUGUCAUUGUAGAUGGUUUUAAUAUCAAUAUAUUUAAUUUUAGAUGUUUGAUUUUCUAACAGAUUAUUACUAACAAAUUAGAUUUGCCUCAGUAGGAGAAAAAGCUAUUUUUAUUGUAUAGUGCAGGAUUACUUAUACAACUAUAUAUUUAUGUUCUAUAAUAGAUCUUAAUUUUAAUCAGUGAAAAAACAACAUUAAUAUAAUGCACCAAAAACUGUUUACAAGCGUCACAACAUUCAAAUACAAGGUUCCCUUUUAAGGAUAAUAUUUUUAUACUAUGAAAAGAAGAGUGGAUGUACAGUCAAACCAAAAUUUAUUCAGACACCUUGAACACUUCAUUAAGUUUAUUCAUGAUAGUUGUAAAAAAAAAGAAAAGAAAAAAAAGACAAGAUCUCAGAGUUAAACUGUCAAGUUUUUAAAAAUUUAUCUAAAUUAUGUCAGAUAACACUUAAGCAAAACAUGGACAGGUCAAAGUGUCUGAAUAACUUUUGGUCCCAAAUUUGUAUAAAUUUUAAUGGGUAUAAUUGGGUAUAAUUUGCCACAGUUUAAUUUAUUUUGCUAUCCUCACUUACAUAAAUGGAUUAUAGUGUCCUGCACCCACUAGUGUGUGUAUAUAUGUAUAAAUAUCUAUAUCAAAAAUAUCACAAAUGUCUGAAUAAUUUUUGGUUUGACUGUAUAGCCGACAAAACUUAAACAGGUGUGGGAUGAAGGAAUAAAGUGUUGCAGUAAAUUUGUACAGUUACAGUAAUAUUUCUAUUUUGUAUCAUUUCGAUCUGAUGAAGAUCCACUGGAAUGAAAUGUUAACAUGGAGUCAUGUGAUAUGCCAAAGUUUUGUAUUUGCUCUGGUCCAGCGGUUUUUGGCCUAAUUGAUUUCUCAGGCUCUUAAAGAUUAGACAACAACUUGUAGAAUUGUCUUGAUGCCUUUUACACAGUUUCAAAUAAAGAGACAUUUUUGUGCAAAACUUUACAAAAACUAAGGUAAAAAAAUAAGGUUUUUUUUAUAUUUUAAUUGUUAAUGUAAAGUUGUUCUCACUGUUCAACUCUUUAUAUAUAUAUAUAUAUAUAUAUAUAUAUAUAUAUAUAUAUAUAUAUAUAUAUAUUCUGUGUUGACGAUUUAAAAACUCAUCAGUUGAACACUGAUUCUGAAUAUGAACUGAUAAUUGUAUAUACUUACAACACCUGGUCAUGUUAUUUUAAAGUCAUAAAUGAAAUAUUAAAGGAAGUUCACUGACCUGGUAAAAUUUCCCUCCUUUCUGAACACUGGCCAGGCCGAUGAUGGGUUUGCAGUUCUCUAGAGCCUGAUGGAAGAUGGCGUACGGAUUACACUCGACC